CUUCGCCGUCACCUGGACAACUACCACUGACGAACGACGAGGAAACGACCAAGCAAAUUCCCAGAAUGAUACGCUGCAGAGUGCUCAUGUGGGCUCUAGUGACCCUGGUGCUUUUUCAAGUCAUGAUUCUUCUGUCUGGCUGGUACAGACGCCCUGUUCAACAGGAAACCACCAGCCCCUCUGGCGGUAAGGUCCACGUGUUGCUGCUUUCGUCGUGGAGGUCAGGCUCAUCAUUUCUGGGCCAGGUAUUCAGCCAGCACCCAUCCGUUUUUUACCUAAUGGAGCCAGCCUGGCACGUGUGGACGUCGUUAUGGAGGUCAGGCGCCCGCGGACUGCGAAUGGCCGUGCGGGACAUGGUUCGGAGCAUCUUUCAGUGUGACAUGUCGGUCAUGGACUCUUACAUGCCCCCACAGCGCAACGUCUCCAACAUUUUCAUGUGGAGUCACAGCCGUGCCCUCUGCUCACCGCCAGCCUGCCUGCUCGCCCCCCGUGACCAGAUUAGCAAAGAGUCCGAAUGUAAGGAGCGCUGCGAUCAGCGCGGCCUGGAGAUGGCGGAGGAGGCGUGCCGCACCUACAGUCAUGUGGUCGUCAAGGAAGUUCGUUUCUUUGAGUUGGAGUCACUCUACCCAUUGCUCCGAGACCCUAAUCUGAAUCUCCGCAUCAUCCAUCUCGUGCGAGAUCCCCGGGCUGUGGCGAACUCACGGGAGCAAGCUUCCGCCGCGCUUGAGCGCGACAGUUCGAUAGUGUUGGAACAAGCGGACACGCCCAAGAAAGACAGACAGUUCCGCGUCAUCCAGGAAGUGUGUCGCAGCCACGUGCGCAUCCAUGAGACGGCCAUGCUGAAGCCACCUGACUUCCUUCGUGGCCGCUACAAGUUGGUGCGUUACGAGGACCUGGUGAAGAACCAGCUGAAGGAAGUGGAAGCUAUUUAUAAAUUUGUGGGGCUGGAAAUGACGGAUACUCUUCAGGAGUGGAUCUACCGUAUAACGCACGGCAAGGGUAAAGGCAGCAAGAAUGACGCCUUUCAGAUCACGUCGCGCAACGCUGAAGAUGUAUCUUUAGCCUGGCGCACCAUGUUACCCUACGAAAAGGUGAAGCGUGUACAGGAGGUGUGUAAAGGAGCCAUGUCACUGCUUGGGUACAGAACUGUGGAUAGUGAGAGGGAACAGAGGCUAAUGGACCUGGAAUUGCUGACCGGGCAAGAGAAAUUCAAGUUCAGCUGGCUUCCCUCUUCCAAGUCUUCCAACCACACCAAAGUGUAAACAUCCUAUUUGUCCUUCCAUUUUAA